CCCGACCAGUCAAUAGAAUCAGGCCAAAUACGCGUCUGACCCGGAUCCAUCCGCCACGUACCUCAUCUCAGGCUUGAGUCUCCACCACCGUGAGUCUUGUCACCUUACUACGCAUACCGCUGCGAGCCGCCACUGCACCCAAACAUACCCCUGCGAGUACCACUACGAGUCUUCAGUGCAAGUUCUUGCAUAUAUUACCAUCCUACCAAUAUCCCUGUUCCUCGGUACCCAUACCCCCGUGAAGCAUGUCUAAUGGGAACCAGGACUCUCCCUAUCAGAAUGCCUACGGUCCGUACGAGCCCUCACAGCAAGAAAACCUACCGCCGGGCUAUAACUACGACCCCGAAUACUUCCCCGUGCGACCGCCAGGCAGUUCCCAAUUUGCCCUCCCCCAGAUCGCCCCCGAUGGUUCCGUGAUUCAGAACCUCUACUACCCAGACCCCAACGUAGCGUACGUCACGACCCCGCAGUACGGGUACCCCUACCUUCUGCCCCAUCAGAACUCCCAGAUCCUGCCCCAGCACUUACAGCCACCAUUCCAAAUUCCACCCCAUCAAUUACAGCCAUCAUUCCAAAUUCUACCCCAACUCCUGGAAUCUCCUUUACGGCCCCAAGAAGCACCGAGCUACAGAGCCCCGGUGACGCCCGGUCGUGGUCACGCACGGAAGCGCUCGCGGACCAUCCGUGAUGCAGUACCGCCGCCAGACUUUACGCCACGCCAUAAAAGCCAGAACGCGAACGCGUCGAUUUCGACCCAUUUGGACCGGAUUCGCCUCGAGGGAGCUAGAGCCAUGGCCUCGCCUCAGCGCGGAACCGGGCCCGUGGUGCAAAACGUGUACGAUGUCGCGGCGUAUCAGCAGCAUCUCGUCGCUGGCCUUGCUGCUGCUCCCAGCCUCACCUCUGACCCCAGCCUCGUUCCUAGCUCUAGCCUAGCCGCUAGCCCUAGCCCCGCCAUUCCUGGCCGUCGCGGCCACACCCGCAACGCCUCCUCCGUCUCCUUCAACCUUCCUUCAGACAUGUCUGAUGCCUCCUACGAAGUACUUCUCGAGGCCCAGCAAUCCAAGGCCAACAUGGUCUCCAUUCCGCUCCUCGCUGAAACCUUGGGUAUCACCGCCACGGGUAUCAAACUUCGGCAGGACGAGAUCCACCAGAAGUAUGCCAAAAACAACAAGUUGAUCAACCGCAACUUGAAGCAAUUGAAGGAGAAUACGGACCGCUACCGGUUGGUAUUCAGCAUCCGCUGCUUGCUCGACACCGCAUACUUGCCCGAGGAGACCAGGGUGCCUGGAGGUCACUAUUUUCCACUGCCACUGCCUCUAUCCCAGUAUGAGACUAAUAACGUCUAUAGCGACCCUGGCUCGACCUCUGCCUCUUUUUCGUUUCCGGGAACACACGAGACGGCUACGCCGCGCUCGCUCAUCUUCAAGGCAUACGACUUACUUUGCUUCCAGAAUGAGGUCAAACCACUCGGGGUGUCGGCGAUGGGCAAGUUGAUCAAGCUCAUCUGGCCCACCAUCUCCACAAAACGGUUGGGAGUGCGUGGUAACUCAAAAUACCAUUACAUGGGUAUCCAAAUCUGCGACUGGGUCAACGAACUCUGUGACCAGUAUGACGACGAUAAUUACGAGGAGGAGUUCAUGGAGCGCAAACGAAAUACUGACGGAAACUCAUUUGAAAGUACGAGCAGUCUCGCCCGAACCUCCGUUGGUAGCCUCAACGCAGGCACUUCCUAUGUGAGCAUCGAUGCAGCGGCUCCAGGCGAGCUUGUAUACCCUGCCGCGCUACACGUAAACCUUGAGGACCGAACCGACUUGCACAAUCUUCCUAAUUCCCCCUACCUUUCCUUCAUCAGGCCAGACCUCCCACUUAACUCGAUUUUCAGCGGCCAGACCGAGCCUGUGAAGCUUCUUACGGCGAUAUUCCGACCUCUGAACCCGUACAGCGUCUUUCCGCGCAACCACACCGCCAUCCAGACCCAUAUUCUCGCCUUCAGAGACCGCUUGCUCGCGAGUACCCGUGCGGACGCUAUGGUGGAAUGCCAGAACGCGAUUAUCGCGCUCCUAACGGCGAGUAUGACGUACUAUGAGCAGCGUGAUGAGGCAAGGGUCAACUUGAUCGAUCUUUGCUGCUAUCAGGAUGUUUUGGUGUAUUGUAGCGUUCUUGCAUAUUGCCAGGAGGAGGAACCGCAGCCCCCUGUCUCGCCGCAGCGCCAAACUUCUGCUUCAUCGCAAACCCUCACCAAAUACCCUGUCUCCCCCUCGUUUGACUUUCUCGUGCUCAACUACUUUAAGCUCUUCAAGGCGAAGCUCCUUGAGGUGUUCCCGAAAGACAACUCCUUCAAAAAGAUCAACCGUUCGCGGCUCACCAACGCCUACAAGUUCUCCAGCUGCUUAUCGCAGCUCCACAAGUGCCACCACCUUGCCGUGGGGGUUUCCGACUCCUUUGUCACGCUGCCUGCGGUCCUGACAGGAAUGUAUCGCACAUGGCUCCGUCUGAUUUUGGGCACGAGGCUGUCACAGGCUUCUGACCCGGUUUAUUCGCUCUUUUCCACAACGGAUGACGUAGAAUUUUUCCUAAACCGGAACGAAUUUUUGCUGCUGUCACUUACGUACGCGCCACCCGAAUCUCGCGACUUGUUUUCCAAGGAGGGCGUGGUUGCAAAUAUUGACUACAUUUUGCGGAGUCUCGUACCGCGGUUUUUGCGCAAGUUACCGGAUGACGACGCGAGUAGUGAAUUACCUGUGGGUGUUGGGACCCUGCAUAUCUACUCGGCAAGCCGCAUUAAUAUCCGCAGUUAUACUCUCAAGUUUGCCCAGUUCAUCGACUCUCUUCCGGCUCUUUGUGGUGUCGAGGCGGAUGACGCGGACCGAUUAAAGAUCAAUUCGGUCCUCCUCAUCAUCCAGCACUUGAGCGACAACGUCUUUCAGAGCGUUGUGGGUGACGAGCCGCUUUCACUGGGAAACUCCACUACCCCUACCCCGGUUGACCCCCCGACCGACGUACCCGUCACCCAAUGGUGGCAGUUGAAGUGCUGGUUGGAGUACUUUGUGAAGUUUAUUUUUGAAGUGCAUGGUCUAAAUGAGGAGAUCCAAGAGCUCAUCACUCCGAACCCCGAUGCUUAGAGUAUUGCGAGUUGAGUACGGCUUCAUAUCCCAUUGAGACGCCGAAACUAUCCAAUAUAGUUAUUGAACCCAUCCUAUUGUCACCAGAAGACACGGUCGGUUUGCCAGUCACCUUAACAAGGCGUCCGUGAGUCACCCAAUCGCAUUAAUAUCCAUCACUCUUCGUUUUUGGCGCUAUCUGUACUAUAUAUUUGACGGUUAUAUGGGAGCUUUUCGCUUUCAUCGUCGUUCAUAACUGGUUAGAGUUUCCUGGGAUUGUAUUCACUGC